AUGGGUAUGGGUAUCUGCAGGCAUCUGUCGGAGACCCGUGGGGUGAAGAUCCCGGCGGUGGAAGGCGGCGCCGACUGCAGCGGUGACGCAUCCGAGGAAAUGUCCUGCAACGUCCGAGCAUGCCCUGUGGAUUGUGUUCCGUCCGAUUGGAGCUCGUGGGAGCCGUGCACGACGAGCUGCGGGAACGGCACGCAAGUUCGACGUCGCUACGCGGAAGUCCAGGCCACGGGCGGCGGCUUGGACUGCGACAACAAUUUCCUCGAGGAGCAGUCAUGCUACGAGGGGGCGUGUCCAGUCUCCUGCGUUUGGGGCGACUGGGGCAGUUGGAGCAGUUGCAGUGCCAGCUGUGGGAGCUCGGACAGUUAUGUCAGCAGCAUUCGUGAGCGCGAUGUGGUCGAGAGUGCGGGCGGGCUUCCUUGCCAAGGCGAUGCGACUCGCCGCAAGCGCUGCGGCUACGACGAAUGCCCAGUGGAUUGCCGCUGGAAUGACUGGGGUGAGUGGGGCGCCUGCACGCGGAGCUGCGGGGGUGGGCUCUCGGAGCGUCUUCGCAAUGCUUCCGUUGCUGCAGCCUUCGGCGGCAGCGACUGUGAGGGAGCCUCUCGGGACGUCAUGGCCUGUUCGUCCAAGCCCUGCCCUGUGGACUGUGUGCUCUCUGACUGGACUCCUUGGACGGAGUGCAGCCACCACUGCGGCAAUGGCUCCGCACUCCGCUAUCGAUCCGAGGCUCACGCCGCGGAAUAUGGCGGGAAAGCUUGUCCGGAGACCAGCCACGAGGUCCAGGCAUGCAUGGGAAGCGACUGCACGCCUACGAGCGCCCUGAUCAAGUCGGGCGUGGUCACACAAAUCACCGGUGCCAUGCAGGUCGUCACGGAGGAUCCCGUGGGCUUUUCCAGCAAUCCAAUGUACGCGCUGGUGGCCAGGGAAGCCAUCCGCGAGUUCGCCAAAAUCGCUGUCCAGCGAGUACAUUGUUCGGUGCAGCCCGCGCGGCGUUCCUCUCGAGGGGCUGCGCGGGCGGCGAACAUUUGGUUCAGCUUGCUGGUGCCAAAUGCUACCAAUGUCACUGCAGUACGGUCGAACUUGGUGGCAACCGACACCCUAAGUGCUGGCCGGCUGCUGCGCCAGAUGCUGCGGCGAGCGGGGAUGUAUAUCUUCACGAAUGUUACGAAGUUUCUGGUCAGCAUGCCGAAGCCUACGCCGCCACCACCGAAGAAGGCAGUUCGGCCCCCGAAGAAUUCCACCCGAGUCGUUUGCUUCAUGAAGAUGUCCGUGCCCCAGCCCCUGCUCUUUGCCGAGCGCCCCGAGGGUCUGGCGGCAGUACAGCGCACAAUUGGCGAGACGGCCAAAGUUGCCGACGACAGCGUCCAUGUCUCCCUGAUGCCGAACAUGGCUCUGCGGGCCUCCGAAGAGGUGGAGGAGCAAGAUCUGAAAGAAGGCCCCAAGGAGGACCUCGACUCAUGGUUCACCUUGAUGGCGCCGGCGAAAGCAACCAUCCCCGAGGCAGACGAUGCUGCCAGAGACUUGGCGCAGUCGCUGACGGACACGACUCCAGCCAGCAUGUCCGAGCGGCUCCGGGCCAAUCUCGCCGCAGCGGAACUCUCUGUCUGGGAUGCCAGCGAGGUGAAGCGCAUGAUGUGCAAAGCAGCGGUGACAGGAUGGGAGCAGGAAGGCGGCGCCUUCGACCAGCGAGUCACAGGAGAGCUUCGUCUAUCAGUUGCGAGCCCACGGCAGUUCUCUCAGGACCCCCAUGCGGAGCUCGGCACGAGGCAAGCUUUGGCUGAGAUUGCAGACGUCCCGGAGGACCGGGUCCGCGUCUCCUUGAUGCCCAGCAAAGCGACGAUGUAUGAUGAAGCACUGCUGUUGGAGCUCCAGGGCGAGCCGGACUACGACGUUAGCGGUGCGCAGGAUGAUGAAGUCUCAGCGUGGUAUGUCAUUCGGGUGCCUGUGCAUCCGGUCGACGGCGCUGUGAAGCUCUCCCAGAAGCUGAACAACCUCGACCUGACCCUGGCAGAGCUGAAGCUGCAGGAUCUUCUGAUGGAUCAGGGCAUCAGCGAAGGGGUGAAGAUCUCCACGCUCUCAGCCGAGAGCGGUUCGGCAGUUUCCCCGCUCAAACCUCAGGCAGAGCUCGAGGGAGAGGAGGAUCUGCCGAAAGCCACAGGCACCCCGCCGGACACGACCACGACGCUGCUCCCCGAAGAGGACGUGGAACCUCCGACCGUGUCCAAUCCAGGUGGAGGUGAUGAGGAAGGGGACGAUCAGAUGCCCACUUCGCAG